UGGCUUUCUUAGCAAUACCUGGGUAUGUUCAAUUUUUGGGAUGAAAGUAUAUAUCCGGGAAGAUCGUUUUGUGUUACAAAAUACGUUUAAAAUAUACAAUAAAAACGAAGAAAAAUUGAAUAAAAUUAAGUUUAAAUGGUUGUUUUGUAGAAGAAUGUCUUGUAUAAAUGUUAGGAAAGUUCUUACAAAGUAGAAAAGUCGUGGGUUCGGUUCUCACUUGGACUAGACUCAGUCUAGUUUAAUUGACAAUCGAACUCAAGAUCUUAAUACAUUAUUUAUUCCUUUAACUAUUCAUUUAGUUUUUAUAAUUAAAGAUAUUUGUUUAAAGAGCAUUAGUUAACAUCCUGUAUAUUAAUCAGCCACAUUCCUGGAUAGCAUUGAUGAUUAACACUUCAGUACUUAACUAUAUACUAACUAUCAGGAUACGUUUCACUAGAUUUCUAGCUAAUAUUAACUAGAUAUAGCCCAUUAUCAGAUAGAUUCAUUAUGGUACUUGAGCAUGUUAAUGGAUAUAUUCUCUAGAAAUUCACUACUGAAUAUGAAUGCUGGGUUCAACAUUCAACACAGAUGCAAUAUACAAAUUAGAAGCUUUCUCAUUGAAUUUUUCAGAAAAUUUCCAGUUGCAGCUUGAACUUUGAUGCAAAUAUUGAAGUUGAGUAGGUGAAAACUUAAAAAUCUAAACAACAGCGUUAAUCUAAUUGAAAAUUUAAACUCCAAACAAGCCAAGGGCUAAGAGUUUAAAAGCAGGGACCACAGACGUUGCUGACACAUGAUAAUCGAGAGGUAAUUUACCGCAUCAGGUAUUUUAAUUAGACCUAAAGGGAUAAGUAAAGAGAAUCUUACUUGCCAAUAUUGUGCCGCUUAAAUGUUAAAUUUCCUGCUUAGGAUAAUAUUUUGGCAUUUUUAUAAUUAUAAUUCUAAACAUCCAAUUAAUUAUCUUCUAGUAUACUAUCACAGUGCAACAAGUUUCUUCGAAAACAAAGUAAAAAAACAUGAAGUAAGGUUUCCGGCGAGUUUUCCUCAUCGCUUUAAAAUCAUUUUGUUUAUUUUGAUGGCAUUUUAUCUCAUCUGAAUAAUGGAUAAACCAUUAGAACUAUAACAAAUUCUAAUCAUCUUCAUGCUUGUUAGUAAGACUUGGAAGACAUUUUAAAUGCUAAAUUUUCGUCAUUAACAUCUCAAUAGUUGUUUUUCUCUAGUUAAUUUUUAUAUAUAACUUAGCAUUUCAUCAUCAUUUAUUAAGUUUUAUAAGUUAAUUUCCCAAGCAGCAUCUUCCACUUAAGUUUAACUUCUAAUAUUUUACAUUUAGGAUAAUCACCAUUAUUAACUUGUUAUCCUCCUAAGAGACGAUUAUCAAGUUUAAAAAGGAAUCCCUUAAAGAAAAAUAAGAUUCGUAAAUCUUCUUCAAUCAAUCCUAUUUUUCUUUUUCUUUCUUUGUCUGGCACAUCGCCAGGGUUGAAACUAAUUCUACAAAUAAACUAAUGUCCUUAGACGAGAUUAGAUCAUACAUUCUAAAGAAAAUUAUCUUAAAGAAGAUAAUUUCUGUAUUAAUUCCGAAUGAUAUAAUUUAUAAUUACUUAGAACAUUAAUAUUUAAAGACGUUCUGGUCGGAUAAUUUUCCGUUUUCUCCAAUCUCCUCUCGCUCUUUCUCUUUCCUCUUCCAAUCAAUUCGAUAAUGAAAAUUGAUGUGCGAUCAGACGGACAAAAAUUGUGCUGUAAAUCCUAGCUGAAACGUCAUUGAUUAUGAGAAUCCUUCAGGAAAGAUGGCAGAUAAAAUAUUUCUUUUCUUGCUUAUGAUUUUUAUGGUUAUUAUUCUUUUUCUUCCUUGCAGUUACACCAUCAGAGUUGGAGCUCAUGCAUAGCACAACAGCAUAUGGCGCCAAAUGCUACUCUUCUUCAUUGCACCACACCAGACCAUCUGUCUAUAGUCACACUUAGUAACUUCGAAGCUGAAGAGCAUCCAUUGAGAAACCUCCGCCAAAGUGGGGUUGAUAGACUUUCAUCACCCGUACAGAUCAUCGGACCAACUUACACAACUGAUUACGUUAGUAGAUGGAGAAAGAACUCGACUCUUCCACGAGAACACGUUAGAUGGAGAGAAUGCCCUAGGAACUACAGAAAAAAUCAAGAGAGACCACCCCCGUUGUCCGACCACAUAUACGAAACGAUCGACGACGAAGUAGUGGAAAAGUACGACCCCAGUUCGGGUUGGGACCGCAAGAGCUCGACUCGUUCCAAUCAAAACAUUAUUAGUUCCUUGACUGCAGUGCUGACAGGAUCUCCCCGACCGCGCCAUCUUCCUUUAUUGAGGGAUACCUAUCUCAGACCACAGGUGGCAUACAGCGGUAUACACAGCCCGACCGAUUCCGAAAGAUCCUCUAGCAGCUUGAUGGAUGGAAGAAGAGUCAGUUCAUCCACAUCUCCGGAAAUCACGAGCUCACCAGGAUUCGAAGCCAACGAUUCGCAAUUCUUGCAGAGCCUUCCGAAUCUCCGCAGCGCGGAUAAUGUAACUGGAGAAUUCUCCCACGUUUCCAAGUACCCGAGUGAUAAUACAGUUCUAGCAGGUGCAGAAGAGAAAGACUGAAGUGGUUAGGAAUGUCUCCACCCAAAAUACACAAAAUAAAUUUGGAAAAUAUCGGUGCCUUUCCGGGAACCGUUGUGCAACCCUGUGAUACGUUUGCAAAUUAGAAUUUAAAAAAACAAGUGUGUUAUUUGUAAAUAUAAAUGGUUCGUGUCGAAGAAAAGUUCGUUAGGAUGUCUGAUCCUUGCUCAAAAGUCGCCUUGCAACCCUUCAAAAAAACAAACAACCACACAACUGGGUAAAUUCCAAUAUUAAAAGAAAUUGUAUCCCACGAAGAAGUUCCUCUGUCAAAUGCUCUUUUACCUUUAAAAAUAUUGUUUUUUGGCUGUAUAAAUCGUUUAUAUUCUGUAUAAAAAUUUAACAAUAUUGAGUAUCUCUAUAUAUAUAAAUAUAAAUAUAUAUAUUUAAAAAUUGUCUUCUGUUCACCUUACCCGCAUUAAGAAUUUUUUACUGGCUAUUGAGUUUUCUGUGAUAUUUUUGUGAAAUA